CUUCCAGUGGAAAUGACAAACCAGAGGCGCUCCUCGGGCCAGCACGGCGGAUAAUGACAGCAAUCAUGGGCUCAUCCAAAACUCGUAUCCGGCGGCACUAACUCACUAACUAACGAGGGACCCUGCGUCGGGGGGAGGACUUGGAGGCCCCGCGGACGCGUAAAAGUCGCCAGGUGAAGCUCGAUGGACUGGAUUGAAGCCUCCUCUGCUGUCGGACGGAUCCAGAGCGCGAAAGAAACCUCUGCAUGUUCAAGUUUCCUCCUCCGAGCGGAGGGCCAUCGGUGUGUGCGUGUUGCGUGCGCGCCCGUGGAGGCGUGUGUUGCGCUGCGCCCGCAGGAGCAGCAGCAGGACGCAGGAGCGGCGGCGGGGAGCGAAGUUUAGCGCCGUGAUUUUGGGGUCGUUUCCUCCUCUUCUUUGUGUUGCCCUCAUGUCACGGCGGGGAGCGGGCGGAUUAACGUUUCCCCGAUGAAAAUUAAUCAACUGUGCGGCAGCUCCGUGAUCGUGACUAUCAUGAUGAUGUCGAGUAAGAGCGUGGAGUGGCUCCAGGACGAGCUGGAGUCCGGGGCCAGCUCGCUGCUGCUGCUGGACUGCAGAGCGCACGAGCUGUACGAGUCCUCGCACAUCGAGUCGGCCAUCAACCUCGCCAUCCCGGGCCUCAUGCUCCGGAGGCUGAAGAAGGGCAACCUCCCCAUCCGCUCCAUCAUCCCCAACAACGAGGACAAGGAGAAAUUCGUCAAGAGGUGCAAGACGGACGUGGUGGUUCUGUACGACGAGGCGACGUCGGAGCGGCAGGAGUCCGGGUUGGGGAGCUCCGUGAUGGGGCUACUUCUGCAGAAGCUGCGGGACGAUGGGUGCAAGGCUUUUUACCUGGAGGGAGGCUUCAGCAAGUUCCAGUCCGAGUACCCUGAACACUGCGAGACCAAUCUGGACUGCUCCUGCCCCAGCAGCUCUCCCCCGGCCUCCGUCCUCGGUCUGGGUGGGCUCCGCAUCAGCUCCGACUGCUCAGAUGGUGAGUCGGACCGCGAGCCGGGCAGCGCCACGGAAUCCGAGGGAAGCCCCCUACCCAGCAACCAGCCGGCGUUCCCCGUCCAGAUCUUGCCGUACCUUUAUCUGGGCUGUGCCAAAGACUCUGCAAACCUGGACGUGCUCAGCAAGUACAACAUCAAGUACAUUCUUAACGUGACGCCCAACCUGCCCAACAUGUUCGAGCACGAGGGGGAUUUCAAGUACAAACAGAUCCCCAUCUCCGAUCACUGGAGCCAAAACCUGUCACAGUUUUUCCCAGAGGCCAUUUCCUUUAUUGACGAGGCGCGCUCCAAAAAGUGUGGCAUCCUGGUCCACUGUCUGGCAGGAAUCAGCCGCUCGGUCACCGUCACAGUGGCCUACCUGAUGCAGAAGCUCAACCUGUCGCUCAAUGACGCUUACGACUUCGUCAAGAGGAAAAAGUCGAACAUUUCUCCCAACUUCAACUUCAUGGGCCAGCUCCUGGACUUUGAGCGGACGCUGGGCCUCAACAGCCCCUGCGACAACCAUUCCGCCUCGCCCCCACACGACCAGCUCUUCUUCACCACCCCGACCAAUCACAACGUUUUUCAACUCGACACACUGGAAUCCACAUGAGAGUAGGACGUUGACGGUGAGCCCCGCCCCCCUGUGAAGAAGGGCGGAGUGGUUUCCAUCGUUAACAGAGAGGACGGCAUCCAGUUUAAUGGAUGCUUUAUCCUGGCGAGGUUCUUAUCUGGGGGCCUGGCCACAGAGCGGCAUCAGAGCGGCAGGUGGAGGAGUCAUGGCUGCCGGCUGGAGGAGGUCAAAGGGGAGCCUCUUUUAACCCAGAGAUGUGAACAUUUGGUGUUGUUUUCUGCGCUGAUUAAAUCCACGGACAAACCCCCAAAUCAGAGGAGAAACGCAGGGGGGGAGGGAGGCUUUUUUUUUUACUCUACUGAGAAACUGGCACGACAGACAGCUUCAUACAAAGAUAAAAAUCACAGAAAAACCUACAAUACUCAAUUUAGGAGAAGAAUCCUCUCUGAUGUUCUGUCUGGAGUCAAUCUGGGAUUUACUGACAGAAAAAUGUCCCUCUACUGGUCGUAGAGUUUUAAAAACCAAGGAAUUCACACAGACACCCGUGAAAAAGUAUGUACGUUUUUACUGUAUGUAUGUUUAUGUACGUAGCAGAAAAAGUCCAUAACAAAUUCAGUAUGUCUAUAUGCAUUUUUUUGGAUAUUUUUAUGUACGUUUACGCACAGAUCUAUUACCUUAUAUGAAUACAAACGCAUAGAAGUUUUUAUCUUUUUUUCCGAAAACAAAAGUAAUUCAAUCUAAAAUGGCUUAAAAGAUUGUAAAACCGAAGAAAAGGGAGAGGGUGUCCGUUUUUCUUUUUCCUUUUGUUUGGCUUUUUAAAUGACCUAAUGCAGUUUGCACAGUGGUGUAGCCAUUGACUUGCUGGCACUUGAGUCCAGUGCUGGAAGCAGGCAGAUAAAGAGACAUUCAGAGAGAGUGGAGUGGACAGAGGAGAGGCCAGUCCCAGGCUCUGACGAGUCCUGACAGCUGUGCGGGGAGGUGGGUCGGGAGCCGGAACUGGAGUUUCAGAGUGGGUGAAAACAGGACCCUGAAGUUAUGAAGCAGCUCAGUUUGGGGGUGGGUGGGUGAGAACAUGACUCUUCGUAUGCAGCUCCAAGUUCCUCUUUUUUUUCAUUCUAAGAAGAAAUACCAGUGUUUCCACCAGCUGUUCUUAAUAUUUGCUUCAUUUUGGGCAUUUCACCACAACAGCUGUCGCUCUGCGAUGUUUGGCCAAAACGGAUCUCUGGCAGCUUGGACUUUUGUUCUGUGAAAAGAUCUCAGAGAGGAUGGAAAAAUAGGAAAGUUUGGUUCAUUUUUUUUUUUUUUUACAUUUUUUUGGGGCACCUUAUUAUGAAAAGACUUGGCCAAAGUAGUACCUCAGGCUCUCAAACACAUACAUUUGCCAAAAACUACACCAGGACAAGAGACUGUUGUUUGAAUCUGGAAUCUGAUGUCAUGGACUGGGAUUGGCCUCAGUUACGGGCUGGACUUCCUAUCUUCAAUAGUUCCAUGUCCCCACAUCGCAUUAAACGAAGGUUUUGCUUAGUAAGGGUUGCUCUCUUCUUUAAGGAAAAAGGUUCACUCGUAAGCCUUGGAUAUAUUAUAUAAAAGAUUUAUUAUUAAAAAAAAAUGUGAGUACAUGAUUUAUAUAUAAUAAAGUAAAUAUUUAAUGAAUAUAUAUUAUUUUGUAUACCCGAGCAUGCUGUGGUGCUGUAUGCUCUUCUAACAGUAGACAUAACAACGGGGUUGAGUGUUGCUUUAAGCCAAACAAUGAGGCCUGUUUUUUUAAAUGCUGUUGCUGCUGAUGGCAGUGGCAGACAGCAUGUGAUGGAGGUGUUUUCUGAGACCACGUCCACAUCGCAGCAUGAAAAGAGAAGUUGAAAAGCAAGAAAAAAAAAGACGUUUUUACAAAGAAAAAGCCAUAAAUGUCUGCACUUAUGCAGACGACUACAGACACUUCAGGUGUUGUUUGAAUUUACAGUGAUGUAAAUCUAUCAGUUUGUUGAUAGGACGAUUUUAGAUACCCCUCUUUCCAAUAUAUACGUAUGUAUUAAUAAAAAGUCAAUCUAUACACUCCAAGAUUCAUGCACUGAAAUCUCACACUUUUUGGUUCAUUUAUAGACGAUAGAGUCAAAACUUGAAUUUAGCAGUGACAAUUUGUAAUCAUAAAACCAGCAAAAGAAACAAACAUAGACGUGCAACAGAAAUAAAGCUAAGUGCCAAAAAAAGAAAGACAAAUCUAUUAAAAGUAAAUAUCUCUGCGGUACCACUGAAGCUCAAUAUCAGGUGUGACAGAAGCAGCACAAAAAGGCUGAGGCAGCAGUUUCUACAAUAAAAAACACAAAGUUUCCAUCAGGCUGAAAGGUGCACUCAAGAUGAACAUUUCUUUAGAAUUUCAUUGAUCUUUUCAUUAAAACUCAUUGAAAAUGAGCUGGACUUCUGCAGGAGCUGGUAAAACAGAUAAAAAACAAACAAAACACACACACAAAACACACACACGACCAGGGGUCGUAACAUAUUCCUUCAAGGUUUUUCAAAAACAAAGCAACAUUUUAAUACAGAGCUAAUCCCCAGUGCAGGUUUCUGCUGUGAUGGAUCUAAAGCUGAUGUGGACAAGGUCUAAACAGAAACAACAGCAUGAGUUUUCUGGUGGGAAGAGGUGGCACCUCCCUGUUGGUUUAAGCUGGCCUUAUACAGUCUUUCUAACUUGUUUCUAAUGUUGACUGUUCAAUACUCUUUGUAUCUUCAGAAAAAAUGAGGUGUUGGAAAAAAGAACACAGUAAUAAUAGAUUGCAAACUGUCUUCUUACCGUAACGGGUCACACGAGGUCCUCUUUGUUACUCUGCAAUAUACUAGAACACCUUUUUUGCAGUAUUUUGUACAUCCAAGACCUCUGGCUUUUUAAACUUGUUUUGUAUGAUGUCAUCUCUGUACAAGAUCUGGCUUAAUCCUUUGAAACAUUUCACUUUGGGUGUCAAAAAAACAUGGUAGAACCCCCCCAAAAAACACACGUUUUUGUCACAAUUAUGCCACCUAGCUUAAAUAGUAAUAAGAUAUUUUUCCAUCAUGUUUUGAUAAAAUGUGCUCUAUGCUAUUCCUGUGGCCUUUCAAAAGUAAUAUACUGUAAAUCUCAGUAUAUAUGUGUUAUAAAUUAUAUGCAAAGUUUGUCUCCUAUUACAAUGUCACAAAUGGUAAAUAUACAGCCGUGCUUUAAUGGACUCUUCUCGUCUGGAAUCGUAUUCCACUGAAUCUGAAAUGAAAACACUGAGGACUUGGUCGCUCACCGAUAAACGUACCUGUAUUUCAGGAUGAAGCUUUUCUACCAGAAACAAUACAGUUGAUUUGAAGCAGCUUUCUUGUAUUUUUGUGUCUCCGUAACAUUGAAAGAAGAAACAACUUUUUAUGUCAUUUUUAUUUUUCUUUUUUCCAGAUCCCAAGAGCAGACGUGUCUGCAUCCUUAAAUGUGUAGCUACAAUACAUCUCGCUAAGAAUGUGCUAGUGAGGGAGCGGUGUGUUUGAGAGGCAGAAGGCAGAGGUCAUGACCUAAAAGAAGAAGUGAAUGAUUAAAAAUGUUUUACCUCA